UAGUAAUUGUAUUAUACUCUCUCUCUCUCUCUCUCUCUCUAGGAUAUAUUUAUACAUAUCAUAGAGGACACAAAGUCCUCUGUUCUCAACUUUCCAACAAGGUAAUUAUGAUCCUCUGGUUUGAGAUAUAUACGUUUGUCUUUCUUUGUUUCAAACAGAAGGAAAAACCAAACUGUAUAUCCGAAAAACAGCACUCCAGUGGAGUAUAUAUAUAAAGAGGAGAUGAAGCAGAAGUAGGAGCUCAGCAACAAAACAAGUUUAGAGAGAAUGAGUAGAAGGAUUCUUCAUUGUCUUGUAUUCAUCCACUUAGGCCUUUUCCUUCUUUGUUCAGGUUCUGGUUUGACAGAGAGACAGUCAGUUCUAGCACACAAAAAACAAAUAAGCCAUGACGAGGAACUACUCUUCUCUGCCUCCAUUUCUACCACCCAAGCAGACAUCACAACCCCUUUACCAACAGUUCCAACCACAAAUCCCAGCACUCCAAUGCCUACAUUUCCGGUGGUUAAUCCAGCGGUUUCAAACCCCGACUCACCUGGGACCGCCACCGCCACCACCAACAACCCAGUCACAACACCAGCCACCACUUCCCCGGCAUCUUCAGGCGGGAGCUGGUGUGUUGCUAGCCAAUCUGCAUCACAAACUGCAUUACAGGUUGCUUUAGAUUAUGCCUGUGGGUACGGUGGGGCCGACUGCUCAGCGAUUCAGUCCGGUGGGGGUUGUUACCAGCCAAAUACAAACCGGGACCAUGCUUCUUAUGCAUUCAAUAGCUACUUCCAGAAGAAUCCAGUCCCAAAUAGCUGCAAUUUUGGUGGCACUGCUGUUAUUACUAGCACUGAUCCAAGUAAUGGGACCUGUCAAUAUCAAUCAACUAGCACAAGCUCAUCAGUUCUAAACACAACCAAUUCAAGUGGAUCGACGGUUUUUGGUGCAGGACCUUCGAACCCCACCGGUUCAGCAGCUGCCAUGCCAAGGCCUGGAUUCUCGAUUUUAACACUGCUGGUGAUGAUUGUGCUAGCCAAAAACCACCCGUAUUUCAUCUGCAAAUGACACCGCUACUUUCCUUCUCCGGAAUGGGUUGGAAAUUUGCUUGGUUUGCUGACAAGUUGGCUUUUUUACCAGACCAACAGGGACGUAGAUGUCUACAUGCUGAUUAAGCAGGGGCUUCAAUAUCAAGGCCUUAGUUUGAAAUUGAUAUAUUUUGUGUACAUGUGAUAGCUGUGGGAGAGGGAGAUUGGUCUAGAGAGAGAUCAAUCUGAUGAGUUUUUGGUUUUUCUUUGUUAGAAAUCAUAGUUCACCCCACCUUGUUGUAGUUCAGGUAUAACAUUGUUAAGGUGUUUGGGACUAUCCUAUGAACAUUGUUUUGUGAAUGGUGGAAGGAGAAUUUUGGUAGAGCUCAAAA